AAAUUUAAAUAAUUUAUUUAAAUAAUUAAACCAUAGUACCUAUGAUUAAACUAAUUAAACCCGCGUGUAUUUCAACUUUAAAUAUCAGCAUGACUUGACAAAUAUUUACCGUGAAAGGUCAUAUCAUGACGUCAUAUACAAACCAAAACACACGGAGUUCGAUUCCCGCCAAACACACAAUAUAUGUUCACAUGUGUUAAAAUAAAACUGUAUAUUAUUGUUUUUCCAAAUCAUUCAUUACCCCCCAAAUGUUAUACACGAAUUUAUUUUACAUUGUUCUUAAAGUUCGAUAAAUGUAAAAAGAAAUCAAGCACCCCGUAUACUCUCACGCUGCAUGUUCACUUGUGGGUUAUCUCUAUUACGUAUCGCUUGCAUCAUCACUUCACAAUCUGGUGGCAAUCGCUGUUAAUAGAUAUGUGGGAAUCGUGAAACCAAAACGGUACCAGAAGCUCUUCACGGGUCGCCGAUUAAGGAUUUGCAUCUUGACGAUAUGGUUGACCGCACCCUUGCUGUAUCUACCCGUUGUUAUUGGUGGUGGAGUUGAAUGGAGGUCGAAUACAUUUAGAUGCUCCAUUGGUUCGGAAGGAAUCGUGCCAGCUAUUAAAUGGUACAACCUGGUAUUGAACAUAAUCUUUCAAGCUGUUCCCCUCGUGAUAUUGAUUGCACUUUACACAUCGAUACUGAGGAAAGUACGAAGGAUUCAAUCCAAGAUGAAACUUCAUAAAUCAACGAGUGUCAGUCGAGUGGUGAAGAAACCACUGGGCAGUGUUUCCAGCAACCAACCAAACCCAUCCGGCAACACUAGCGAUGACACCGAUAACGAACUUCGACCUUCAAGUCUUAUAGAGGGGUUUAAGUUCAAACCCGUGCAUGUUGAAACAAGUUUUCAUUCCGAGAGCGACCACCGCGUUAACUCAACCGGAACCGACCAAUCACAGGAGGCGACGGUGGUCAAACGACCCAAGAAACGAAACAGCAUCUGGGCGAUAUUAUUGCGCAAUAGUCAGAAGAUUGAUCCAAAGUUUAAUCCUCCGGAGAUUGAACUCCCGGAUGGUGGGAGCAACAUGGGGAGCAACACUGGAUGCGGGAGCACGGGGGAUGAUCUCAGUGAGGCUGAGGAUGAAUUGAAACCUCCGGUCAAUUUGAGGAAGAACAGCGGAACAAUACGAGCCCUGAGGAGGAAGAAAUCACUUAGCGUCCCGACUUUACCUCAGUUUAACUCCCAUAGUUGUGAGGAUAAGUCAGAAGAACCGAGUGGGCAAUAUUUACAAGUGUCGAAAUAUCAAGACACUGAUUUAUCCUUAAGUGAUACAACCAUGUCGCGCACCAAGUCAGCGUACAACCCACGCACACCGACUAUCGAGGAACCCACUCUACGCACCAAGUCAUCCUGGUCGGUACGGAUAAAACAAAAGGGUUGGAGCAACUGGAGUAUCCGUAGCAACAGCGACGUGGACGACGGACACCACAGGACAAGGUCGGGAACCAUAGCGAGGAAAAUUCAGGAUAAACGAGCGAAAAAGUUGAAAGCUGACAAGCGAGCUAGGAGAAGGGAGAAAUUAAUGAAGAAGCGACACGCUCGUGAACGACAACUUGUCUACAGUAGCUUAACAAUCUGCAUCGCGUUUGCCGUGUGUAUUCUACCAACAUCCGUGUUGUAUCUUGUAACGGUGUUGUUCAAUGUGACCCCCCCACCGAGUGCAAUCAUGGUGGUGGGCUACAUAGCGUGGCUGCAUGCCGUCGUCAACCCAUUCAUAUACGGCUACCUUAACUCACAAUAUAGGAAGGAAUAUAUCAAGAUCAUGAGGCUGACUAAGGAAAAGUUCAUUAAGAAAUAAAUAUUUUGUUCAUUAUUUAAUAAAACAUAUUUCGAAUACCCUGUGUCAUGGAUUAUAGGAGUAAUAUUAGGGUGUUGAUACGCAGCACCAACUUUUAAAACACGGGUGGUAUUUUGUGUUUCGCAUCCCAAAUUUUAAGUUUAAACAGAUUUUACCCUGCUGUUAGAUGUCUAUACGUACAAGCAGAGCCAGAUUUUGCACAAAACUCAAAAACCUCACUGAUUAUUGCAUCUGGGGAAAUACCCAUGUUUAUGGCACUUUAUAAAGACACGCGUUUAUUAUAAGAUUUCUAUUUGAACUGUUCGAAAAUUGAAAGUUAUUUUGGUAA